CAAAAACCACCUCAAACCUUUUAUGCUGAGAAAUCUUUUCAGCAAUUUUACUGCCCUCUAGAGGCACCGUUUUUCACCAAUAAAUAUUUCUACAGAGAAAUGUUCAAAGCAGCAGCAGCAUGACAAAGACAAUGGGAAAAUGACAGCAGGGGGCAGCCUCACUGCAGACGUUACUGCAUGCACAUGCAGUAACAGGAAUGUAAAUACAAUAUAAUUAGCCUGUACUUCAUUAGAAGUACUGAAGUAUUGAAGUAUUGUCCCUGUCUCCACCUUCAGGCCUCCUCCACCUCCUCCCAGUCAGGAUGACCCGUGCCUUCUGCUUCAGCUUCCUCCUCCUCCUCCUCUUCAUCUAUGCUCGGGCUGAACCCCGGAGAACGACAGCCUCUCAGCGCAGGGUGUCACGCGCUCCAGCCGCAAAAGUGCGUCUGGCGGGGAACUUUGCAAGGGAGCCGCACGAGGGCCGCGUGGAGGUGCUGCACAACAACACGUGGGGCACCGUGUGUGAUGAUGAGGUGAACCUCAAACUGGCCAAUGUGGUGUGCAGAGAACUGGGCUUCCAGAGUGGAAUAACGUGGGCACACAGUGCCAAGUACGGAGAAGGGGAAGGUAAGAGCGCCACCUAUACUCAAGUUUGGUUUUGAUACUGCUGAUGGACACUUUUCGACUGAAGGAGAGUGAGUUGAAGUGAAGGUAGCCCCCUGUAAAGGCUCUGCAGGAAAUGAAGGGAACUAGUACUACCCUUAUUUACAAACCCAGUAUUGACUUUAUUUAUCCCUACUUGCUACUUUUUAGAUUUUCUACACUGAAACACAAGAUAAACUUUGAAACUUAUUUAAGCACAUAAUCGUAGUGU